GAGAUUAUUGUGGGAUUAAGGCAUAGACGGGUUUUAAUGGUUACGUAAAAUCCUGCAGCACAUCCAGAAUAAUUUGCCGGGAUUAGAUCCGCUUGCGUCGUUUUGCAGGGGAAGGGGAGGAGGUAGUAGUGGAGGUGGGCGGAGACACGAUAACAGCAAACCAAUCCAAGUUUGAUAAUCUGACAGUGGGGAGUAGAGGCGGAGGAUGAGUAAACCGAGCGGGAGCUGGCUCUGCGCUUCUAUGAUGGCAUUGCUGGACAUUCGCCUUCCAGACCCAGACAGGAAGCAUCCCGCCACCCCGAUGAGGAUGUUAAUGCAGUGAAUGAGGAGUCUGGUCAUCAGCAAGUUGGCCUUGCGGAGGUUAUUUUGUUUUGCUCCGGACAACUUGGAGACGGAUCUUCGACUUCCAGGACAGCAGAACGACUUCCUCUGUUGGGCUUAAGCAGCGUCACUGCGUCCCUCAUGUCCAGCCACCAGCCACAAUGAUGUUCUGCACCACCUUCCUCUCUGCGCCCUCCGAGGAAGUCAACUGCGAGCGUGGAGGAGGAGGAGGAGAAGGAGGAGCGACUCUGGGAGGCCCGGGGAGUUGCCUGUCGUCUCUGCACUGCCUGGUCCUCCCCCAGGAUGAACUGUACCCGUCUCUCUCCGUCCCCACCGCUCGCCUCUCCAUCUGCACGGAAGACCGCUCGCGCGGCCUGCUGGGCUCGGUGCUCCUGGACGUGGGCGUGGCCGCCUGCGGCGCCCGAGGCGGCAGAUGCAUUUGGGACAAGAUGAGAAGGCGGCGCAGUCGGUCGGCCUCGCCCUCACCCAGCAAAACCCCGAAAAGCCCGUGUAGCGAGAGCGCUCGAGGACCGGCGUUGCCCAUGGCCACUGUCGACAUCAGAAACCCGGAGAUCAACAGCAUUCACCGUUUCCACAACUCCCAGGUGAACAACAUCGUGCACUCUCCCUUCCCCAAGAGGGAGAAGAAGAACAAAGGGAAGAAGAAGAGGCUGACCAAGGCAGACAUCGGCACGCCGAGCAACUUCCAGCACAUUGGACAUGUAGGAUGGGAUCCGAACACAGGCUUCGAUCUGAACAACUUGGACCCGGAGCUGAAGAAUCUGUUCGAUAUGUGCGGCAUCUCUGAGGCCCAGCUGAAAGACAAGGAGACCUCCAAGGUCAUCUACGACUUCAUCGAGAAGAAGGGAGGCGUGGAAGCCGUCAAGAACGAGCUGCGGAGACAAGCUCCUCCUCCACCUCCAUCCAGAAGCGGCCCUCCGCCGCCGCCGCCGCCGCCGCACCACGGCUCGGCCCCGCCUCCCCCUCCCCCCGCCCGCGGGCGAGGCAUGCCGCCGCCGCCGCCCCCCUCCCGGGCGCCCGUCUCCGCGCCGCCGCCUCCCCCGCCGUCCCGGCCGGGCAUGUCCGCACCCCCGCCUCCCCCGCCCAGCCGAGGCUCCCUCCCACUGCCGCCUCCGCCGGCGCACGCCUCCUUCCCAGUGGCGGCGGCACCGCCGCCACCCCCUCCGCCCCCCGCCGUCCCGUCCGGUUUCGGCGUGCCCGCCCCCCCUCCCCCUCCUCCCCCGCCGCCGGGGCCCCCGCCUCCCGCUCCCCCGCCCUUGGAGGCUAACGGAGGGGACGGCGGCCCGCCCUCGUCUGGGAAGUCGGCCCUUCUGAGCCAGAUCCGGGAGGGGACGCAGCUGAAGAAGGUGGAGCAGAAGGACCGGCCGGUGUCCUCCACCGGGCGGGACGCGCUCCUCGACCAGAUCCGACAGGGCAUCCAGCUCAAACCUAGGGAAGAUAACACCGACGCGCCGGCGGCGCCGGCCCCCUCGGCGGGCAUCGUGGGAGCGCUGAUGGAGGUGAUGCAAAAAAGGAGCCGAGCCAUUCAUUCUUCAGAUGAGGAUGAUGACGACGACGACGACGAGGACUUUGACGAUGAAGACGAAUGGGAGGAUUAGCUCCGCCCUCCAGAUCCCCCGGAUGGUCAUGACACUAAAACGAUGUUCUUGUCUGUCUAAAAAAAAAAAAAACAAACAAACAAAAAAAAUCUUUAAUUUCAAAAUUCUAAGUGUAAAUGUUCUGUUUUUGCUGUAUAUUUUUGUUGCCUUUAUGCUUUUUUUUUUAAUUCUGUGCAAUACCUCAUUCUGUAAAUGUUUGUCUUUUUUUUUUUUUUCAUCUUCGGUUGUUGCUUCUUUCUCUUUGGUCUUCGCUCCGUCUCUCCGCCACCGAUCGCUUCGUCUUUCCUUUUAUCUGUAAUUUGUGCUUCUGUUUUUGUUUUGUUUUUUUCCCCUUCCCUCCAUCACCGUGUCUCUUUCUCCUCCACCCACGCCUCCCCCCCCCCCCCCCCCUCCUCCUUCUCCAUCCACUCUGUUUAUCACCUCCAUCUGUCACUACUCGGCCAUAUUUCGUCUCCGCUGCCUCUCGUCACACAUGUUGCCUCCCGUCUUCCCACUCCUCACGUUCACAUGCAAUUUCAAAUCGUCUCUCCAGUGUUUUUUUGUUUUUUUGUUUUUUUUUUUUUGGUCGCGUGUGAGGGUCAGUGAUCGAAGACAGAACAAGUUGCCACAACUCUUUAACUAAUUGUGUUAAUUGUGUCAUCCUUGUUGGACAGGAGGUAAAAUAAUUAACUAUUUUCAUAUCCUAAUGCUCUGUAGUUUAUUUUUACGUAUUCAAAUGACUCUAGUUUAGCACCCAUAUUUUCUUAAGGACAAAGAAGAAGAAGCGCUCUCUCUGGACUUCAUUUGCUGUGGACUGUAAAUUUGCUCCAGAAUUUUUUGAGUCUCUUAUAUUUUUGCACAGAUCAAGAGAGGAAGACUCGCUGCAUGAAUACAGGACAUUUUGCAGGUCUGCGGCAUUACGAAACACACACACACACACGCGCGCGCGCGCGCACACACACAUGCUUUAAAUAAUGAGACAACACACUCGGGACUAAGCGUUUUUCACCAUUAACGUUCAACACUACCAUCUGUACACAAAAGCAGGUAAUCCAGUGUUGCCCCUGUUUUUUUUUUUUUUUUUUUUGCUGAAUUUCAUUUUCAUUUCACUGUCACACUACAGAUUCAAUUGAUUUGUCCUUUUUUUGUUUGCUUUUCCUUUUUUUUUUUUUUUUUAAGCGACAAGCAGACUGUUAACAGAGGCCUGUUUGUUGGAAUCAGGAAUAAAGUCAUUUUAGUUUCACACACCCGGAUGCUCACAAUGGGUCCAUAUGCUCAGUUACUGCACAGAAACAGCAGGGAGAAACUUUUUUUUUCUCUCUCUCUCUCUCUCUCUCUCUCUCUCUCUCUCUCUCCCUGUUGUGGAAAUUAAAGCUGACAUUAUAGGGAAUUAUAUAUAUAUAAUCAUGGCAUUUUUCAAAGGAGUAUCAAUGUGGUUUAAACUAAUACAUGUUGUAUGAUCUCAGACUGGGUGAUAUAAUGCAAACAACUGUUUACACACACACACACACCUGUUGGCCAUUUUAUUAGGUACACUACUGCGCCGUAGUGGAAGAUGUAUCCGAUACAGUUGAGCAUUACUGCGGACUACAGUCUGAAUAGUUUUAAUAGAUGUAGUCAAAACUGUAUACCUUAAUAAAGUGGCUGCUGACUGUUAUGUAACAUUUUCCUGAAAUACUUUCCUUUUGGGAGGACAUUGCUUUCAAAAUCUUCCUGAAAUUAUGCAUAAAAAAAAAAAAUCAGUUUUUGUUGUGAUAAAUAAAUGCAAUGGCAUGGUUUUUUUUUUUUUUUUCUAAAAACAGCAAAAUAGGAAAAUUCGUAGGCAAUAGUAGACUUUGGUCAUAUCUUUGUUUUCCAAAAAGUCCAAAGUUACUAACCACGUCGAUUCAUUUUUUUCAUCGUUAGAUCGACUCUGUAUUGUCAAACAAUAGCUGAUUUACUAAAAUCUUAUGUUAGCCGACAUAUCCUCUCUGAUUCUGGGCUUUAGUAAUGGUUAAGAUAAGGAUUAAGCAUUUUAAGAAUACCAUUGGUAGAAAAUUGAACUUUUCUUGAGUCUGUAAAUCUAAAGCUAGCUGUACGCUCACAGGCUAAGAGAAAAGCUUCGGUAACUUUAAAAAAUGGGGUUUAUCCUCUCAUAAGAUUGUAUUGGCUUGCUUUAAAUAUCUAUUUUGAAAGGUAACAGAGCCAUUAAGUGCUGCUUUUGUUCCUCUGGUAGCUGUUUGCUACACUGAAACUAAAAAAAAAAAAAAAAGUUUUUGACUUAAGAGUGCAUUUUGUUUGUUU